AAUACGGGACGGACCCGUUGGGGCAUGCGCCGUGCUGUGAACAGGCGUGAGUCUUAUUUGGAAAUUGUCCGACAGACGUGUCCAGAAACAGGCUGCUGACCCUCAGUCGCCCGCAGGAGCUACGUCCCAGUUAGAGAUGGAGGUUGAAAGCUUCGUUUCCAGGACCCUCGAACUCUUACAAGAGGAGAGGAAGGCUGAGAUCGAAGAAACGAGGGCAUGGCAGCAGAAUCUGUCACUGAAAAAUCUACAACAGAAAGGAGUGUGCCUGCUGAAGCUUCAGAUUGGAAGCCAGAGGACUGGCAUGCAUGGUAGACUUCUUGUCGCUUUUGAGCCCAGGAAAAGUAUAGGCCCCCCAGUUCUUCCCAGCAACAGUUUCGGACCUGGAGAUAUUGUGGGUCUUUUUGAAUCAGAAGGAUGUAGUCAACCCAGUCAGCUCUGCUCAGGUGUGGUGACUCAUGUGACGCAGGUGUCAAUAACAGUUGCUUUUGAUGAUACUCAGGAUGGUGUCAGCUUGGAAAGUGAUGGACUGUACAAUAUCAUGAAGCUUGCAAACGAUGUGACCUACAAACGAUUAACUCGCGCUUUGAACUCUUUAAACGUAUACAGAAAUGGCCCUGCUGCCCACCUUAUAAGUGUACUGUUUGGUUACACUGAUCCUGGAGCACUGUCACAUCAAAGAACCUUAGAGUGGUUUAAUAGUGGACUAGAUGAUUCUCAGAAGGAAGCGGUGUCCUUUGCGCUGUCUCAGAAAGAUGUUGCCAUCAUACAUGGACCACCAGGAACUGGAAAAACCACAACAGUGGUUGAAGUCAUCCUCCAGGCAGUUAAACAAGGACAGAAGGUUCUGUGCUGUGCCCCCUCCAAUGUGGCAGUGGAUAAUUUGGUGGAGCGUCUGGCUAAGUGUAAGGCUAAGGUUCUAAGAUUGGGACAUCCAGCCCGUCUCCUGGAGUCAGUCCAGAAGCAUUCACUGGAUGCGGUGAUCGCGCAGAGUGACAACAGCAACAUCAUCGCAGAUGUCCGUAAAGACAUGGAUAAAGUGUUGAGUCAGAUGAAGAAGGCGUAUGACAAAGGGCAGCGGAGCAGUCUGAGGCGAGAAAUCGGGGAGCUGCGAAAGGAACUGAAAUCCAGGGAACAGAUGGCCAUCACACAAAUCCUGAAAAAGGCCACGGUCAUUCUGGCAACCAACACUGGAGCCACUGAUGAUGGUCCACUGAAGUAUUUGCCCAGCGAACAUUUUGACCUGGUUGUGAUAGACGAAUGUGCUCAGGCGCUGGAGAGCAGCUGUUGGAUUGCACUGCUUAAAGGACACAAGUGCAUCUUGGCAGGGGACUAUAAACAGCUGCCACCCACGAUCAAAUCCCAGAAUGCUGCAGCUAAAGGCCUCUCUGUGAGUUUAAUGGAGCGGCUGAUUCAGAAGUAUGGAGACUCAGUGGUUCGGAUGCUGACCACUCAGUACCGUAUGAACAGUGCCAUCAUGCAGUGGGCCUCAGAGCAAAUGUACCAAGGGAAGCUGACUGCACAUCCUUCAGUAGAGAAGCAUUUGCUGAGAGACCUGGCUGGUGUAGCGGAUCUUGAGGAGACCAGCACGCCGCUGCUUCUCAUCGACACAGCUGGCUGUGGUCUGAAUGAAAUGGAGGAUACGGAUGAGCAGUCUAAAGGCAAUCAAGGUGAAGUUGACAUAGUAGCACUUCAUGUGAAAGCCUUGGCUGAAGCUGGAGUCCAGGCCAAAGACAUUGCAGUGAUUGCACCUUAUAACCUACAGGUAGAUCUUUUGAGACAAAAACUCUCAAAUGAGCACCCUGAUCUGGAGAUCAGGUCUGUGGAUGGCUUUCAAGGCAGAGAGAAGGAGGCAGUGCUGCUGUCUUUGGUUAGAUCAAAUAGAAAAGGUGAGGUUGGGUUUCUUGCAGAGGACAGAAGGCUCAACGUGGCAGUAACGCGUGCCAGACGUCAGCUAAUGGUGGUGUGUGAUUCUCAAACUGUCCGAAACCAUGACUUUCUCAAAUCCCUGAUUGAUUACAUGUCCAAGCAUGGGGAGGUCCGCACAGCCUUUGAGUAUCUGGAGGACUUGGUUCCUGAAAACUACAGCCGCAACCACAAAGAUGAGCCGGCUAAUGUCAAAGAGUCUUCCUCUAAACCAAAGGUAAAAAAACAGCAAAGCAAAACAGAACAGUCCAAGGAGAAGAACGUCUCGAAAAACAAAGGGGAGAGAGACUGUCAGGCCGCAGCAUCUGAUACCCAUGAACUCAGCAGUAAAACGGCAUCAGACUUUCACAAAACCAAAGCGGCUGACCAAACGGAGUCUCAGAUGAUUAAAGAAGAGAUAAGGCAGCAGUUGCUUGUCUUCCUGGGUGAUGAGAACAAGAAAGAGCUUCUGUUUCCUGCCUCUCUGAGCUCUCAUGAACGGUUGCUGGUCCACCAGCUCUCUGAAGAGCUGGGUCUCAGUCAUGUGAGCCGAGGAGUGGCGAAACAACGCCACAUUACAGUUUCCAAGCAAGUGCCAGGCCCUGCUGAGCCAGCAGAAACACCAUUUAAAGAACCAGCAGAGUCCACAAAACCAGAAAUCAGGACUAAUGAGGAAGUGCUAGAGAAAGAGCCCGACAGGCAUCCACCAAAGCCUGCUCUUGAUUUUAAAAGCCUGCAUUUGGAGCGUAUGCGUCGGGAGCAGGAGAAACGUGCGGGAAAAAAUCUGAGUACAACACUAGAGACAAAUCUGAAAGGCGAUAAAGGCCAGCCUAAAAAGAAGAGCAAAGGAAAGGGAAAAAUGAAAGCAGGAGCAGUGGACGUAGCUGCGGCUGCUACAGCUCAUGAUGAUUUUGAUGCGCUCAUCGACGCUGUGGUGAAAGCAGAUAGUGUGUGUGCCUUUGUGAAGUGUAAGGCCAGCGUGCUCACGCUAGGACAGCUGUGUCUCUACUGUAACAGACAGUACUGUCUGAGUCACCACAUACCUGAGGUCCAUGGAUGUGGCGACAAAGCAAAGGCCCAGGCUCGCAUGAGAAUAAGCAAAGAGGGAGUGCUGUAUGCUGGGAGUGGCCAGAAGGACAAGUCGAUGGAUCCAAACAAAAAGGCCUACCUGCAACGAAAACUAGACUCAAAAUUAAAAGACAUGGCAUCCCAGAGAAAAACCAAAUCGAAGGAUAAAGAGCACUGAGUCAUUUAUCGCCAUUGUAUCAAACUGUGUUUAUUUAUUUUGGAGCCAGUAAAUUGGUGGUGUGAUGUGUGGCUCCUGUUCCCUCAAGACAUUUAAGCACAUAUAUAAGCACUGAAAAGAAUUCACAACACUGGUUCAUUUGGUUUGAUUUUAUCAUAACAAUCAUGUUUAUUUUGUGAACGCUGGCUAUAUGCUGAAGUCUUUUGAAAGGAACUCUAUACUCUAUGAACACAUUGUAGAUAAAGAUUGUCAAUUAAUAAAUAAGAGAAAAACAAAGAGGAGGAAUAAGUCUUUCACACAUG